ACCUGUAUUCCAUGUUCUCGGUGAAGCAGGAAAAAUUCCUGGACGAUUUUGAGGAACCGGUGAAGCUGGAGGUUGAUAACAAGGCGCUGUAAGUGGGGACGAUACGUUGUUUUUGCGUCGCACGAGUGAGGUUGCUGAUUUCAAGCUACCUUCCUCAUCUUUUGAGUUUCUAGUUUGUAAGUACUUUACCAACCUAUUUCUACACGAUGGCCUCUACAAAAAUUUCCAAAGCCCUAACCUCAACCGGAGUCCGGUUGCCACCGCUUCCUACGAUCCGCGACCUGGUGAAACUGUAUCAACUGCGGGCCAUCAAACAGUUGUCUCAAAAUUUCCUCAUGGACGAGCGGUUGACCGACAAAAUAGUGCGUGCGGCUGGUAACAUUCGAGAUCACUACGUGCUCGAGGUUGGACCCGGACCGGGUGGCAUAACUCGCUCGAUCAUCCGACAAAACCCUCGCCACCUGGUGGUGGUAGAGAAGGAUCGUCGGUUUAUGCCAUCUAUGGAGAUGUUGGCGGAAGUGGCUCAACCGUUCAUGCGGAUGGACAUCGUGCAGGGCGACAUCUUGGACUAUCGCAUCGAGAAUGCGUUUCCCGAUUGCCCCCAGCACGACUGGAUGGAUGGGAAGCGCGCACCAGUACAUUUGAUCGGGAAUCUACCCUUCGCCAUCUCGACACGCUUGCUGAUCAAUUGGCUGCGGGAUAUGAGCCUACGAACCGGUGCCUGGAGCUAUGGACGGGCCAGCCUUACACUCACCUUCCAGAAGGAGGUCGCCGAACGCAUCGUGGCACCGAUACUGUCCGACCAGCGUUGCCGGCUGUCGGUUAUGAACCAAAUCUGGAGCAAACCGGAGUUACGGUUUAUGAUCUCGGGCCGUGCCUUUGUGCCGAAGCCGGAGGUAGACGUUGGUGUUGUUACGAUCGUUCCGCUAAGGACGCCCCUGACGCAGGUUCACUUCGACACGGUGGAGAAAGUUAUACGGCACAUAUUUUCGAUGCGUCAAAAGUACUGCCGCCGGUGUGUUUCCAAUCUGUAUCCCCCGGCAGGACGGGAAGAGCUCACAGAGCUGACAUUCAAGAAGGCAUCGGUCGAUCCGCUCGCUCGCUCGUUUCAGCUUUCCGUCGAUGAAUGUUUGCGCCUCGUGGAGGCAUACGACGAGCUCUCGCGGCAACAUCCAGAAAUCGUCGGCUAUGACUAUCGGGCGCCGAAAGCCAAAGGAGGAUUAUUGACUGGGGAGGGGGCCGGUGGGGAGAUUAGGGAAGUGGAGCGAUAGUGGUGGUGGCAAUGUAAUAUUUGAAUCGUUUGUGAAUAGUAAUAAAACUUCUUAGUUGUCAAGAAC